GCCGAUGGCGAGGACGCUGAAGAGGAAGCCGCCGAAAAUGAUGCUGUGGUGGAGGAGUUGCCACCUGGAGCCCCGAAAGGCUUCACGAUCAAAUGGGACCACGAAGCCGAAGCAUCUCAGAGCCCUCAGGGAACAGAGUCGAAAUAUGAGGACUUGACCAUUUACCAGGUUGGCAUCAUGAACAACGAGGUGGCCAUCGUCGUGAUACCGGAUUUGUGGGGCUGGCGGAUGCCUCGCGUCCGGUUGCUCGCAGACUACCUCGCCGGGGCGAUCCAGGGAUUUGCCGUGGUUCCACGGAUGCUGGACUCCCCACCAUUGCAAGAGGGAGAGCAAGACGAUGGCAUACCCGAGGAUUACCCGCUGCUGGAGACCGAUCUGGACACUGGCCUGGCGGGUCUCAAAGGCUGGAUCAUGAAGAACACCUACGAGUUCUACCUGUCCAAGUUUCGACUCGCGGCGAACUAUCUCCGGCAAGUCGCGAAAGCGAACAGGAUUGGCAUCGUCGGACUUGGUUGGGGCUCCUGGCUGGCCUGCUACGGGGCCGAAUACCUGGGAGUGGACUUUGGCUGCUCAGUGAUGAUAACGCCUCUUCUACAUCGCCUUGGCAUCUGGGACGGUGUCAGCCCAGAGCGUUUGAUCGCGAAAUGCCCUGCUCCU